UGGACGACAUGUCAGAGCCAAACGCCCUCUGUUGACCGGUGAAACGUUGCAGCUGAUCUUCGACCUCUUCAUCAGGCAACAUGGCCGCUGGGAAACUCUACACCUACCCCGACAACUUUCGGGCAUUUAAGAUCUUGAUCGCUGCCCAAUACAGUGGUGCCAAGAUCUCCCUUGUUCAAGAUCCACCGGGCUUCAAGUUUGGGGAGACUAACAAGUCUCCAGAGUUCCUCAGCAAAUUCCCGUUGGGAAAGGUUCCAGCUUUUGAGGGAAAUGAUGGUGUGUGCCUUUCAGAAUCCAACGCUAUUGCCAACUAUGUGGCUAACAGUCAGCUACGGGGAGAGGAUGUCUUAAGCCAGUCCCAGGUUCAGAUGUUUGUUAACUUUGCAGACAGUGAGAUUCUUCCUGCAGCAUGCAAUUGGGUGUUUCCUACACUAGGGAUCAUGCAGUACAAUAAAGCAAACACUGAACGAGCCAAGGAAGAUGUCAAGAAGGCGCUGGGAUUCCUUAAUGACACCCUCAAGACAAAGACCUUCCUGGUAGGAGAGAGAGUAACUCUAGCUGACAUUAGUGUUGCCUGCAGCCUUCUGCUUCUCUACAAGAAUGUGCUAGAACCCCAGUUCCGUGCUCCAUUUACAAACGUGAACAGGUGGUUUACUACACUCGUCAAUCAACCUCAGGCCAAAGCAGUCUUGGGAGAAGUCCAACUUUGUGUAAAGAUGGCUCAGUUUGAUGCCAAGAAGUUUGCUGAGUUGUCUGGCAAGAAAGACAAGAAGAAAGAUGAGAAGAAAGAAUCCAAGAAAGAGAGCAAAAAAGCAGAGGCAAAAGCUGCCAAGCCAGUCAAGGAUAGCGAGGAGGAUGAGCAGCCACCUGCUCCCAAGGAAAAGAAGGACCCAUUCGCGGAUCUGCCACCACCCACAAUGGACAUGGAUGCCUUCAAGCGUUGCUACUCAAACAAUGAUAGCUUGACUGUGUCAUUGCCCUACUUUUGGGAGAAGUUUGACAAGGAGAAUUACUCCAUCUGGUUCUCUGAGUACUUGUUUCCUCAUCAGCUGAAGCUAACCUUCAUGAGCUGUAACCUUGUUGGUGGUAUGUUCCAGCGGCUAGACAAGAUGAGAAAGCAUUCCUUUGCGUCUGUGAUUAUCUUUGGUGAGGACUAUAAAAGCACUAUAUCUGGACUAUGGUUCUGGAGGGGACAAAAUCUCAUCUUUGAGAGAUGCGAGGAUUGGAAUGUUGACUACGAGUCGUACAAGUGGACCAAGCUUGAUCCCGAUGACCCGAAAACAAAGAAUAUGGUCAAGGAAUACUUUACCUGUGAGGGUGACUUUGAUGGGAAAACGAUUGCGGAGAGUAAAAUAUACAAGUAAGCUGGUUGUUUAGUAAAGAGAGAACCAUUUCAAUUAUUUUCACAGCCAAACGACAAUUCAGAUAACAGAACGAUUUUCAGGACAUUUAAAACAUAAAGCAUUUAAUUACAGCUAUGGUCUUUGUCUUUUGAGUCUUUGAAGCUUUGCCAGUGUCAGGAUAUUUGUGUUUUUCAGGGGGUAAAGGUGGUGUUUCUUUAAAAGAUAUUAUAGAUAGUAAUGUUUAUAAUUACAACUUUUACAGCAAAAUGAAGUGUGUACAGAUAGUUGCACGUAUCUUGGUUGUCAAAAUAUAAAACAGAUAUUGUUUAAAAAAAAAAAACACUUGCAUUACAGCACUGAGGAGAAUAUAGUACCUCAAAUUUAAAGUGUGGUCUCUAUUGCUAGUGGGGUUUUGUAAUACGUGUAAAUCAUAAUUUAACAUGAAAGUAUUUAAUUCAUAUCUUCCUAUAGAAUGUCUAAAUUUAUAUACAAGGAAACAGAGUGCUUUAGCAGAAUUGAUUUUUGCAUUUAUACAUGUACAAAGUACACGGAUGUGUAAAAAAAAUGAUUUUGCCCUCUCUAAUACAGAAAAAUGACCAGUCAAUGUCUCUUCACAAAUUCUUUUGUCACAUACUUCUUACUAACUUCUUUGUGUGUGUGUGUGUGGUAUAUUUUCACACAACCUGUCUUUAUAUAAAAUAAGAUAAAUAAGAAUUGUUGCUUUAAGCUGUAUCAUCUUAGACAUCAAAUUAUUUGAGUCAAAUUGAAGCAAAUCGCAGGGCAAAACUGGUGCCAUAGACUUAUAGAAUUGCUAUAAUUAUUGUUUUUGUUUACCUUGCCUUUAGAAAACCCAGACAUCAAUGGUAACAUUGCUCUUUUAAUAGGUAGCAAACAUUACAUGUCAUGGAAUUUAUUAUAAGAUGUGCUUCUCAAGAGCAUUUUACGGAAAUGUAUUUAUCUGGAUUGUCGUUGGCUUGUGUCUUAUUUCUCCAUGCAUUCAUUUUGGUGUUGCCAGUCAUUUUGGGUAAAAAAAAAAAUUCAAACCGUUAUACGAAAUGCAACAAUAAAUCGGUACCAAAAGGUACUCAUUCAUUACAAGCUCUAGGA